UGGUGACGGGUGCGACUUUGAGGGAGACACGAAUGCUGGCACUGGAACUGGCGAAGAAGGUGGCAGCCAUGGAAGCUGCUCUUGAGGAGAAGGAGAAGGAGCAGGAUAACAAAAGAAAGGCUGCCUAUGAGAGGUUCAAGGCCAAGCAAGCUGCUCAGGCAGCGAAACGGUGCAAAGAGAUGGAGCCGGCCUGCAAAGCCAAAGGUGUGGUGGUCCCACCCCGGAACAUGCAGAACAAGGCUGCGAAGGAGAAGGCCAUGCAGGAGGAGGCCAAGCGGGCCAUGGAGGCCAGGCGGGCCAUGGAGGCGCAGGCCAUGGAGGCCAAGAAGGCGGAGGAGGCCCGGCGGGCCGUGGAGGCGCGCUGGGCCAUGGAGGCCAAGAAGGCGGAGGAGGCCCGGCGGGCCAUGGAGGCGCAGGCCAUGGAGGCCAAGAAGGCGGAGGAGGCCCGGCGGGCAAUGGAGGCGCAGGCCAUGGAGGCCAGAAGGGCGGAGGAGGCUCGGUGGGCCAUGGAGGCGCAGGCCAUGGAGGCCAAGAAGGCGGAGGAG